ACCAGGAAGUCUGUGUUGCGUUGGUACUGAACUGCCAAUGCAAGGUGCGGUACAUGCACAUGGUGGAUCACAGGGGUGCACGUUCUCAAGCCUUUAAGCAGCAUAUUCCUGUGAGUUCUACUGACUAGAAUCAGAGACAUGGAUGACGUUAUCCAGCUCAAUGUUGGCGGCUGCCUGUACACCACGUCGAGAUCGACUCUGACUCGCUACCCGGACUCCAUGCUGGGUGCCAUGUUUAGAGGUGACUUCGACCCGUCUGUUCGUGACGCCAACGGGGCUUAUGUCAUCGACGGAGACGGGCCCAUCUUCCGCCAUGUCCUCAACUUCUUCCGACGGGGAAAGCUGAUUCUACCGGAGGACUUCAAGGAGUGGGACCUGUUGGCAUCAGAGGCAGAUUUCUAUCAAAUCCCAGACCUGGUAGCGGCAGUGUCUUCGCGUAAGGAGGUGGAGGACAACCCAAAAAUGGAAUUUGUGGAAUUCACAGAACAAUCUAGUAGUUGUAAAUACAUGGGCAGUUGGGAAACUUUGAAUGAACUACCGCGUGAGUUUCUUAUUGUAUUUGAAGCAGAUCCUAGCUUGGUAGAUUCAAAGGCACAACGAUUACGAUCCCUAGAAGAUAUUCGGUCGAGUCUGGAAAAGUAUGGGGAGAUCUCGGGAUACUAUGGUCGCUGCUCCAUUCAGUCGCGCUUUAACUCAAUCCGACCCAAGAUAAACCGACCAAAUUGGAUGGAGGCAUUAGAGACAUUAUUGAAAAUGGAAGACAUUGUCAAGUUUGAUGUUGGCGGUUGCAUGUACACCACGACGCGGUCGACUCUUGCUAGCUACUACUCGGGCUCCAUGUUGGCUGCUAUAGUCAGCGGUGAACUUGACCCGUCUGUUCGUGACGCCAACGGGGCCUAUAUCAUCGACGGAGACGGGCCCAUCUUCCGUCACAUACUGAAUUUCCUCCGACGGGGCGAGCUUAUUCUACCGGAGGACUUCAAGGAGUGGGACCUGCUUCGCAAAGAGGCCGACUUCUACCAAAUGCCUUGCCUGACAAAGACAGUGUCUUUGCGCAAGCAGUCAGAAUUCGCCGAUGCUCAGUCGCGUAAAGAUUAUGACUAUGAGUUGCUGAGACAACCCGUAGAAGACAACCCGAAAAUGGAAUUUGUGGAAUUCAUAGAACAAGAUAACAAGAGUUGCAGAUACCGGGGCAGUUGGGAAACUUUAGAGCAACUACCACGACGGCAGUUACGCACGGUUUUUGAACUCAGUCCACGGUACAUAAUGGAUGAAAUUGUCCAUCUAAAUGUGGGCGGUUGUACAAUGUACACCACGAAGCGGUCGACUCUGAUUCGCUACAAGAAUUCCUUGCUGUUCAAAAAGUUCCAGUUGCUAAGAUUUAAUAAUGACAAAGUAAACGGAGCUUACUUCAUCGACGGAGAUGGGUCCAUCUUCCGCCAUGUCCUCAACUUCCUCCGACGGGGCAGGCUGACUCUACCGGAGGACUUCAAGGAGUGGGACCUGCUGGCCUCGGAGGCCGAUUUCUACAAAAGAAUUCUCUGCAGGAAAAUGGAUGACAUUGUUAGGCUGAAUGUAGGCGGCUGCCUGUACAGAACGUGGCGGUCGACACUGACUCGCUACCCGGACUCCAAGCUGGCUGCCAUGUUCAGUGGUGAACCUGACCCGUCUGUACUUCGUGACGCCGGCGGGGCCUUUUUUAUGGACAGGGACGGACCCAUCUUCCGCCAUGUCCUCGGCUUCCUCCACAGGGGCAGGCUGAUUCUACCUAAGGGCUUUACGGAGUGGGACCUACUGGCUGCAGAGGCCAAGUAUUACAAAAUCCGUGCUUUGAAUACGGCAAUACACUAUGAAACUUCUUAUGAAGACGAGUAUGAAUUCAUAUGGCUAACUGCAUGUGCAAACGUGAGCUACUCGUACCGUGGCAUCCUUGCCCUCUAUCGUUUAGAGCCACUUCAUGAGUUCUUCUCCGCAUAUUGCAAUCAACAAGCUGGUUGGGAAAUCGUCUAUGAAUAUACACUCAACCUUCCACCCGGUAUCGAAACCAAUGUUCACGAGGAUUUUGAAAGACGUAAGGUGGAGAUAUUCAAGGAUAUUCUUAGACAUGGAUACAGAUUGAGAGAACGGUCCUACACGUUGAAUCCUGCCGGGGUUAAGGAAUUUAAAUGGAAAUUUGCAGAGCCCAUUAGUCGCCGUUAGAAAUGUAUCAAAUAUCUGAUAUAAUGAGAAUUGCGAACAGAGAACUGAGAACAGCAAAGUUCGGUGCUGCACUAGUCUUGUGAUAGCAGAGGACUGUAAACUUUCUGUCUACAUGACGUCGUAUUUUUCUAAUGAAUAUGCAAAUAAGCAUCAACACAACACCUGAAGUCUCUGGGACCAAUUACAAAAAUAAACAAAGAUUAAAUUAAAUGGAACAAAAACUACAAUGUUACGGUUUUACAAUAAAUGCAGGAGUUCGUUCUUUUAUACGAAAAGCUGUUUCUAACGAAACGAAUAUUCAUUCACAUUACUGUUCAAGGGGAUAAGGACUUUGAUCAACAUUGUAUUUUAUUCUUCCAACUAAAGAAAUGGCAAUCGAUUUUUUUUGUUUUAGUUUAGAUCAUUCAAUUUAUGACUGAUUUGCGAUGAAAUGUUGACUCAACCAUGAUCACAUCUAUAAACAUUUAC